AUGAUGUAAUGCAACGGCAUAUGUGUGGGUGAGAAGGGAGAGGGAUCAUGUUAUUUUUCUCCGUGGUUAAACUGGAUUUACAGUACCGGGCUCGCGCUGUCCCCAAUUGAGUGGCAUUAUCAUGUACGGCGAUGGAGAGGGCACUGUUUGGGACAGAGUCGGACGCCCCCGACGGGACUGCAUGUGCUACCUCGGACCUCCAACAACUUUGAUGCCCAUCGGGAUGCGGAAGUCUCCCGAUGUGAGUCCCAGACGGCUUUCGGACAUCAGCCCCCAACUGAGACAACUGAAGUAUCUGGUUGUGGACGAGUCUAUCAAAGAGGACACUUUAAAAUCGUCCCGUUCCUUUGAAGACAUUAACAGCGCGUCGAUAGAGGAGAGGAUCUUGAGGAUCACUGGAUACUACGGCUAUCAACCUUGGAAUGCUGUCUACACCAACAGAGAAGACCGUCCCAGAGAGAAUGUGGUGGGCAGCACAGCGGACGGCCAGGCGGCAAACGGCGGGGCGCCGGGGGCGGAGCCUGCUACGGGGAGGUGGAGACUUCGUUGCUGCAUCAAAGUCACGGCCGUACAGGUGCGGAAGGCGCUGUGGGGCAUUGCCAUGGUGAUGUGUGUGUGCUCAUCGUGGGCGGGGUCCACCCAGCUGGCCAAGCUCACCUUUAAGCAGUUUGACGCUCCAUUCACCCUCACCUGGUUCGCCACCACCUGGAACUGCCUGUUCUUCCCCCUCUACUACAUCGGACACCUGUGUAAGAGCCCUGAGAGACAGACCCCCAGACAGAGGUUCAGGGAGUGUUGUCGGUUCUUUGGGGACGACGGGCUGACAGCCAAGGUGUUCUUCACUAAGGUGGCUCCGUUUGGAUUGCUGUGGAUCCUCACCAACUACCUGUACCUACAGGCCCUGAGGAAGAUCAACACUACAGACGUGUCAGCUCUGUUCUGCUGCAACAAGGCCUUCGUAUUCCUGCUCUCUUGGAUCGUACUGAGAGACCGCUUCAUGGGGGUCAGGAUCGUGGCGGCCAUCUUUGCCAUCGCUGGCAUCGUGAUGAUGACGUACGCUGACGGUUUCCACAGCCACUCUGUCAUGGGGAUCACCUUCGUUGUGGCCUCCGCUUCUAUGUCUGCACUCUACAAGGUGCUCUUUAAAAUGGUCCUGGGCAGUGCCAAGUUUGGGGAGGCAGCGCUCUUUCUGACCAUCGUCGGUGGGGCUAAUUUUGUGUUCAUCAGCUUUGUGCCAGUCAUCCUGUACUUCACCCAUGUGGAAUACUUUGGUUCUCUUGAGGACAUCCCCUGGUUAUACCUCUGUGGGGUAGCAGGCCUGCUCUUUGCUUUCAAUAUCCUGGUGAACUUUGGCAUUGCCAUCACGUACCCCACAUUAAUCUCUCUGGGCAUCGUCCUGAGUGUCCCUGUCAAUGCCAUGGUUGACCUGUACACAUGUGAGAUCCACUUCAACGCAGUGCGUCUGAUCGCCGUGUUGAUCAUCUGCCUGGGCUUCCUGAUGUUGCUGCUUCCAGAGGACUGGGACCAGUGCUUCAUCCAGCUCCAUGCUAAGCUGCAGAGUAAACGGGAGGAGCCAGCCGAGGAGGAGGCAGGGCCCGGCUCCAGCCUCAACUGGAGCAGGAGAGCAAGGCCCUCCAUGUCUACCUUUACACACUGACCACUGUUUAAUGUGGAGGGAUGGACGGACGGACACACUGAAACAGACAGGCAGAGGCAAACACGCACACGAAUGGAUGAAUGAACAGAUGGACAGAUACAGACACACAUACAGUGUACAGACACAUACAGACACACACACACCUUGGACACUUGAUUGCCAUGAUGACCUGCAUGGUCGACCUCUGCCCUCCGCCCUCUCUCUCUCUUUCCCCUUCCCUCUCACUAGUUUCUGCCUGGAAACCUUUCUGUUGGUCUGUCAGUCCGUCUGGGUCUGUUCAAGACCUUUUCAUUUCACUGCAAAAAGCACUGAUAUAAAUUAUUUCCUACUUGACCUCCACCAUUUUAGAAGUCAUCAGAGUUGGUGCAUGGGCUCACGUCAUUUAGCAGUACCUCAAAGUCAUUCCAUUGGACUGAUACAUUUAUUUACAUCAUGCCUGGGAAGACUUUCGAACUUGCCUUUGCUUUUCAAAAGACAAGGAUAGAUUGACAGACUAAUAAUUGUUCCAUUUUUUUGUCCGUUUUUGUCAGACUGAUGAUGGACUUUCUGGCUUUAACAUCAUGUUCCUAUCAACCUUCAAGAUCCAAAGAAGAAGAGAACCAGGAGAGACAGAGUUCUAGUGGGCAUGUUCCUGUUGUCCCUCAGGUGUCAAGAUCAUGUUCCCAUCAACCUUCAAGAUCCAAAGAAGAAGAGAACCAGGAGAGACGGAGUUCUAGUGGGCAUGUUCCUGUUGUCCCUCAGGUGUCAAGAUCAUGUUCCCAUCAACCUUCAAGAUCCAGAGAAGAAGAGAACCAGGAGAGACGGAGUUCUAGUGGGAAUGUUCCUGUUGUCCCUCAGGUGUCAAGAUCAUGGUAAAGACCUGCCUUUACCUGUAGAUCUCCACAGCCCAAUUCCAAACAGACGCUAGCCCCUAAAUCCUAGCCCCUACUACUUUGGCAGUUCAUGUAGAUCUGAAAAGAUUAGAUAGGUAUAAUCAGUAUGGUAAUGGUCCAUAUUGUCCUCUAUUAGAUAGGUAUAGUCAGUAUGGUAAUGGUCCAUAUUGUCCUCUAUUAGAUAGGUAUAAUCAGUAUGAUAAUGGGUCCAUAUUGUCCUCUAUUAGAUAGGUAUAAUCAGUAAGAUAAUGGGUCCAUAUUGUCCUCUAUUAGAUAGGUAUAAUCAGUAUGGUAAUGGUCCAUAUUGUCCUCUAUUACAUAGGUAUAAUCAGUAAGGUAAUGGUCCAUAUUGUCCUCUAUUAGAUAGGUAUAAUCAGUAAGAUAAUGGGCCCAUAUUGUCCUCUAUUAGAUAGGUAUAAUCAGUAAGAUAAUGGAUCCAUAUUGUCCUCUAUUAGAUAGGUAUAAUCAGUAUGGUAAUGGUCCAUAUUGUCCUCUAUUAGAUAGGUAUAAUCAGUAAGGUAAUGGGUCCAUAUUGUCCUCUAUUAGAUAGGUAUAAUCAGUAAGGUAAUGGAUCCAUAUUGUCCUCUAUUAGAUAGGUAUAAUCAGUAAGAUAAUGGAUCCAUAUUGUCCUCUAUUAGAUAGGUAUAAUCAGUAAGGUAAUGGAUCCAUAUUGUCCUCUAUUAGAUAGGUAUAAUCAGUAAGAUAAUGGGUCCAUAUUGUCCUCUAUUAGAUAGGUAUAAUCAGUAAGAUAAUGGAUCCAUAUUGUCCUCUAUUAGAUAGGUAUAAUCAGUAUGGUAAUAUGUCCAUAUUGUCCUCUAUUAGAUAGGUAUAAUCAGUAAGAUAAUGGGUCCAUAUUGUCCUCUAUUAGAUAGGUAUAAUCAGUAAGAUAAUGGAUCCAUAUUGUCCUCUAUUAGAUAGGUAUAAUCAGUAUGGUAAUAUGUCCAUAUUGUCCUCUAUUAGAUAGGUAUAAUCAGUAAGGUAAUGGUCCAUAUUGUCCUCUAUUAGAUAGGUAUAAUCAGUAAGAUAAUGGAUCCAUAUUGUCCUCUAUUAGAUAGGUAUAAUCAGUAUGGUAAUGGUCCAUAUUGUCCUCUAUUAGAUAGGUAUAGUCAGUAUGGUAAUGGUCCAUAUUGUCCUCUAUUAGAUAGGUAUAAUCAGUAUGAUAAUGGGUCCAUAUUGUCCUCUAUUAGAUAGGUAUAAUCAGUAAGAUAAUGGGUCCAUAUUGUCCUCUAUUAGAUAGGUAUAAUCAGUAUGGUAAUGGUCCAUAUUGUCCUCUAUUAGAUAGGUAUAAUCAGUAAGGUAAUGGUCCAUAUUGUCCUCUAUUAGAUAGGUAUAAUCAGUAAGAUAAUGGGCCCAUAUUGUCCUCUAUUAGAUAGGUAUAAUCAGUAAGAUAAUGGAUCCAUAUUGUCCUCUAUUAGAUAGGUAUAAUCAGUAUGGUAAUGGUCCAUAUUGUCCUCUAUUAGAUAGGUAUAAUCAGUAAGGUAAUGGGUCCAUAUUGUCCUCUAUUAGAUAGGUAUAAUCAGUAAGGUAAUGGAUCCAUAUUGUCCUCUAUUAGAUAGGUAUAAUCAGUAAGAUAAUGGAUCCAUAUUGUCCUCUAUUAGAUAGGUAUAAUCAGUAAGGUAAUGGAUCCAUAUUGUCCUCUAUUAGAUAGGUAUAAUCAGUAAGAUAAUGGGUCCAUAUUGUCCUCUAUUAGAUAGGUAUAAUCAGUAAGAUAAUGGAUCCAUAUUGUCCUCUAUUAGAUAGGUAUAAUCAGUAUGGUAAUAUGUCCAUAUUGUCCUCUAUUAGAUAGGUAUAAUCAGUAAGAUAAUGGGUCCAUAUUGUCCUCUAUUAGAUAGGUAUAAUCAGUAAGAUAAUGGAUCCAUAUUGUCCUCUAUUAGAUAGGUAUAAUCAGUAUGGUAAUAUGUCCAUAUUGUCCUCUAUUAGAUAGGUAUAAUCAGUAAGGUAAUGGUCCAUAUUGUCCUCUAUUAGAUAGGUAUAAUCAGUAAGAUAAUGGGCCCAUAUUGUCCUCUAUUAGAUAGGUAUAAUCAGUAAGAUAAUGGAUCCAUAUUGUCCUCUAUUAGAUAGGUAUAAUCAGUAUGGUAAUGGUCCAUAUUGUCCUCUAUUAGAUAGGUAUAAUCAGUAAGAUAAUGGGUCCAUAUUGUCCUCUAUUAGAUAGGUAUAAUCAGUAAGAUAAUGGAUCCAUAUUGUCCUCAGAAUUUCCACCGUAUUGCUUACACCUUUUCAAUUCUCUUAGAUCUUCACAACUGCAUAGGGGCUAGGGGGCGAUUUGGGAUUUGAAGUUAAUUCACAUUUUGGUUGCACCUCCACCUCAGGAGCCUGUAGAUGUUAGGGUGUGAAGGAAUCUGUCUGGGCAUUUCACUAUCAAUCUGAGCCAUGGAAUGUCUCGCUGUGCCUCCAGCAAAUGAGAAGAGCCAGAGCCAUCUACAGCCACACCUGCUGUGAUACACUUCCCCCUUAGAUCAGAUCCAGAGCUCCUGCUGGUUCCAGGCUGACACCCUCAGAUCCAGAGCUCCUGCUGGUUCCAGGCUGACACCCUCAGAUCCAGAGCUCCAGCUGGUUCCAGGCUGACAACUUCAGAUCCAGAGCUCCAGCUGGUUCCAGGCUGACAACUUCAGAUCCAGGGCUCCAGCUGGUUCCAGGCUGACACCCUCAGAUCCAGAGCUCCAGCUGGUUCCAGGCUGACACCCUCAGGUCCAGAGUUCCAGCUGGUUCCAGGCUGACACCCUCAGGUCCAGAGUUCCAGCUGGUUCCAGGCUGACACCCUCAGGUCCAGAGUUCCAGCUGGUUCCAGUCUGACACCCUCAGAUCCAGAGUUCCAGCUGGUUCCAGGCCGAAACCCACUGCUCAGUCUCAUGGCUUCAGUCACGACACUCCAGACCAGCCAAACUUAACCAAGCAGCUACAUUUGCAUUAUUUCAACAUCAUUUCAACCUCCUGAGCUACCACUCAGCUUCUGCUUUGAUACCUGUCGGUAGAUUUCCCACCUUUAAAGUCACCUUAUCAUGAGGCAGACGUACUAUAGUGGUGUACUCUGUCAGUUAGCCAGUGUUGCAGCAACACUAGCCUAGGUUCCAGUCUGUUUAUGCCCUCUUACCAACUCCUUAUAGAAUUGUCAUGGCUUGGGAGUUGGAAAGAGCACAACCAGAUCUGUGAUCAGGCUAAUGACACACAGGGACAAAUCAAACUGCAAGUGAUUAUCUGUAAGGGUGUUGUCUCCUGUGCAAACCUUAUCCCAAGAUGCACAGCCAGGGGUGGGUAGUAAUUAUUACUCUGCCUGUGGCAUUUUGGUGGAGGAGCCAUUAAGGAAGUCCCAUUGAAGUCAUAGUGAGAUCGGCUACGACAUGUUCUGGCUGUGGUGGGAUCGAGCUCUGUCUUUAAGAUACUGUUUUUAUUUAUUCCAUUGAUUAUGAUUCUAAGGCAAGUUAACCACUGUGAGGACUCUUCAGGGUUACUGAUGAGGUAACGAACCGAGCAAAACACAGACCACAAUGUAGGCGCGGCUUCAAACAGGAAGUGGGCAGAACCUCUGCCUUGUUGUGAAUGUAUACAUGACCACUGCUCAACACUCACCAUGUGCUAUCUAUCUUUUCUAUUUAUUCGGAGGGAGGCACCAUUUGACUGGUUAUGCCACAGCCUCACACUACAACCAUUCUUAUUGCACUCAUCCUUCUUGAAUGAACUGUGAGAUGCAUCUUAUUAAAUGGACAGGUUUUUCUAUUUCUGCAUUUAGUUUGACCUCUGAUGUGAAGGGACAGCGAGUGACUGACAUGACAUCUACAGAACAAGCAUGCAGAGAUGACCACAUAUAACUGAGCAGUCCAUUCACUUCACUGCCUAUUAUUUUUGUUCUGCAAUAGAGUACAGGGUUGGGCUCAGUUCCAUUUCAAUUCAGUCAAUUCUGGAAAUAAACUGAAAUUCCAAUUCCCCUCAUUGAAAAGCAUUGAGGAACAUUUUAAUUGAAGUUUGGAAUUGGAAUUUCAGUCCUAAAUUGGCUGAAUUGUAAUGGUACUGAGACCAACCCUGAAUAGAAGUACUACAUCAGCACUGUAAUCUCCCAUUGUCAUUCUUCGUAAUGACAAUAUAAUCAUGAUAUUGUAUUCCUCUGGAAUUAUUGCUAGACAUAACUGUAAACCUUUGUAAGGAAUGAAGCUGACUUUUACACUGAAAUAAUAAAUGCAACAUAUGAUUAUCACAUCUGAAGAAGAAUACAGCGUGGUUGGAUUACAUGAUGACGCCAUGUGUUAGAUCAGUUCUUCAA